CCAUGCUAACCCAGACAGUGUAGGGCUCUGUGAUAACCUGAUUAACUUCUGACUGUUGGCUUGUGUGUUAAUUUUGGGAAGUCAUCAUCAGUUCGGCGGGUUUUUUGUCUCUCAUGCUAAUUGUGUUUUCGGUAAAUGUCACGACGAGUCUUGAUAGUUACCAGUAAAAAGAAAGCGGAAGUAACGGAGCAUUAAAAAGAGGUAAAGCUGAAGCAUCAGGAUCUUUUCAGAAGAAACAGAUUAAUUUCAGACCGCGGGACCGUCUGUGGGUCCACAGUCUGUGGAAGUGACACCCGUGUGUGUCUCUUCCUGCAGUCAUGCUGCUGCUGGACUCUGGUGUGUACAUUGGCUCUGCAGCCGACCUGAACGACAGACAGGUGCUGGUUGAUGCUUCUGUCACUCACAUCCUGUCUGUGGACUCUGCGGACCCCGGCUUGCUGCUUCCUGAUGAUGGAAGCUUCAGGAGAAAGUGGAUCAACGUUUUAGAUGAACCCACGUCUGACCUCCUCAGUCACAUGGACGCUUGCUUCCUGUUUAUUGACGAGGCUGUAAAAGGAGGCGGAGCUGCACUUGUUCACUGUCAGGCGGGUCGGAGCCGCAGCGCCACCAUUGUGACGGCCUAUUUAAUGAAGAGACACCAGCUGGACUUCACCGAGGCUUACAACCGACUGAAAAGUCUCAAAGAGGAUGUGCAGGUCAACAGAGGGUUUGAGGAGCAGCUGCAUCUGUAUGAAGCCAUGAGCUGUGAGGUCAAUACAUCAAGUUCUUUGUACAAACAAUACAGACUCAUCAAGAUUACAGAGAAAUACCCAGAGUUAGAGCAGGGGGCUGCAGAGUUGCCACGGGAAAUUUUUGCCAUUGACCCCGCCCACUCCAGCUCCUCUGAGGUGUCUUACAGGUGCAGGAAGUGCAGGCGGAGUUUGUUUCGUAGCUCCAGUAUUCUCAGUCAUCCUGUGGGGGAGGGAGCUUCAGYCUUCAGCCACAAGAAGCCCAGAAACCUCACCGGAGGAGUCCAGUGUACAUCGUACUUCAUUGAGCCGGUUCAGUGGAUGGAGCCAGCUUUACUGGGAGUCAUGAAUGGACAGCUGCUCUGUCCAAAGUGCAGCUCCAAGCUUGGUUCGUUCAGCUGGUGUGGGGACCAGUGUUCCUGCGGUCGCUGGGUCACACCCGCCUUCCAGCUGCAUCGCAACAGAGUGGACGAAAUUCGACAACUCAACGCGCAGAACUGACACACACACACAAUUCAAAAACUCAUACACACAAGUCUCGAUUCAUGGUGCACAAAAUUAGAAUUUACUAAUCAUGAUAAGAGUUCAGAGACAAUGACUUAAAUAACUGUUUACAUUGUGUAAUAAGAUUUGUUAAAUAUUGCACAUAAUGUAGUUUUUCCCCUAGGACAUUGGUCUUGGCGGGAGAUGGGGGGUGCUUGUUUUAUAAAAACAUAAAUUUACGUGACUCACCUGCAAUUAUGGUAAUAAUUUU